CGGCCUUCCAUCUCACAUACGCUAGAACGGCCAAGGGAUGGCGUCGGUAGAGAGCGCACCCGCAUACCUGCAGCCAGGGGUCUCCGUGUCACAACCACCCCACCUCGAAGGUGAUCCGUCUCUGGCUACGGAGAUCUUACCUGGUCCACCCCCUCUAGCUUCAAUUCAACAGGCUGGUGUUCCGCGAAAAGACCACAAAAAAUCUUCGGUGUCCUACUCUUAUCUGCCCUCGGCGGACCCAGGAACAACAUAUACCACGCACUUUGCGAUGGCUGCUCUUUCCGCAGCUCCCGCCGACCUCGACGGGGCUCGGAGGAAACGCGCUCGUUUGGAUAAAGGCGCCGAGAGCAGCAGGUCACAGCGUGCAUCCGCUCGCAGCUUGGCUGCAGUGGCGCCGUCGUCAGAACCUAUCCCGAUGCCGGAAGCGACCGCUUCGUCAUCGCAUGCCCUGUCGGACUUUGAUCCCCAACACCUAUCACUUGACUCUGACGACGCCAUGGUGUCCCGCGCAACAUCCGUCCAUGGGGAUGACUCGCCUCCGGAGUCCGCUGAGCCACCUUCCAAAAGGCAACGCGCCCGGCCCCAGAAGGACAAGGAGAAGGGAAAGGAGCGGGAGCGGGAUGCGGUGAGGGUGAAGGAGGAGCCGACUGUGGUAUCCCUGAGCGAGCAUGCCCCCGCUGGAUUCCCCAAUGAGGACCAUUGCUCUGCAUGUCGGUCGUUGGGUGCGCUCGUGUACUGCGAUGGAUGUACAAAGGCUUUCCACUGGCUAUGUCUAGAUCCGCCCAUGGAGGCGAGCGACCUUCCGGAGGGCGAAUCUAGAUGGUUUUGUCCGGCAUGUCUACUGGAACAGCGCCCUCCACCCAAACCGCCUGCCUCUCUCAAAUUCAUGGGACCACUCGUCCACGAACUUGGACACAGGACACCAACUGAAUUCCAAUUGCCCCAGGACGUACGCUCUUUUUUCAAAGACGUGGGUACCGGAACGAGAGGCACUUAUCAAGAUAUGUCUGAAGUGAAACAAGCUCGUUUCAAUCGACAUGGGCAGCUUGAGGAUCGCGAUCCGUACAGACUGAAGGAUCGCAACGGCGAGCCUGUCCUUUGCUUCCGCUGUGGUACAUCCGCACUUCCUCCUGGUUUGGCUGCGGAUUCGCCCACUGCUAAGCGAGCACGACGAUCGACUUCGACCAAUGUCCCGAACUACGAGACGGGUCGGGCCAUCAUCUCAUGCGACUAUUGUCAUUUACAUUGGCACCUCGAUUGUCUCGAUCCUCCCAUGAUUACCAUGCCGCCUUGGUCGAAGAAAUGGAUGUGUCCAAACCACGCCGAGCACACAUUGCAACCGAAACGUCGUAUUCCUCGGGCGAAUGCUACACCCAUCGAUAUCAUGAAGCCCCGACAGUGGAAUAACGGUAACAUUGAAAUCAUACAAGCCGACUCCGCACCACCUCCCGCAAUCGUGCCGGACAAGGUCAACGUGGACGAAGUACUCAUCAACGGUCGUCGGUAUCGGGUCCCGGAGAGGAUCAUCACGCUCGACUUCUGGGACAAGGUAGCGAAGAAUCGCCGGGGCGAAUCCGCGUCUGUAACGGAGAUCGAUGGGUCAAGUGCCAUGUCGUCACCCUUAACGUCCUUGAGCUCCCUCGAUGAGCAUGAUAGCGUCCCGCCAUUCUCGAUGGAGCCUGCGAUGUACUCAAUGGAUGAUGUUAACUUUGCUCAGAUGCUGUGCAACCUACGUUUGCAAAGCUCUUCCGAUUCUCGUGUCCCUGGCGAGGACCGUGCUCGAGGUAAUGUCAAUGGCGUUCACGGAGCAAAGCGCAUCAAAGUAGAAGAAGGCACAUCGCAGACUGCGCUGGAUAGAUCGCAGAGCGGCGCUGCGUCUACUAGCAUCGCUGGAGGAAAUACCACACGUCCCAAGCGUGCCGCACGCGUUGCCCCUUCCCGGUCUCAUUCCACUAGGAGAUCGGGUCGUUCCGGGGAUGGCGAUAUAAUGGCCAUCGACUUCGACCUUCCGCCUCUCGUCAUCUCAUCCGGGAAACGUCCCGACGCCCGUCGGAAGGCAGCCCGACCACCCGAGGCGGCUGAUAGUGCCUCUCAUGCUCCGGCCGUGAACGGAACCGCAUCCACUACCACGGAAAGCGACAAGACUGCUUCUGACGCGACAGAGGUUCCUUCGGCAUCCGUCUCGGGCAGGCCGAAAAGGAAUCGGCAGCCAGCGAAAUCUUCGUCCUCGCGCGCUGUGACCAUCAAGCCAGAUCCGGACGCUGACCCCCCGACGUUGGAUAUACCCCUUGCCUCGGCUUCUAGGAAGAAGGCAAAUGGCACGUCUCGUGCAUCGAAGCCUAGCACUCCGCCCACGGUGAACGGCAAGACACCUGUCGCAUCCGCGGAUCCCAAACCGGAGGCUACUCCGACUCUCAAGAUUCGCCUCCCUAGGCUCGGGGCUUUUAAUUCGCCCUCCGCAGCCAAAGAGUCCGUACUAGAGACGUCGAGAAUUUCACCGACCAAACCCGCCGCUCCUGCCGUUUCUACUCGCCCGCGGCGCUCCCUCCGACGUCAGGCGUCCAUACCCACUUCUCUGAACUCGGCGUCCGUAAGCGAUGCAGGUUCUUCCUCCAGGGUCAACGACCCAGGGCUCUCCGCUAGUCCGAUCGAGUCGUUCUGACACCACCCCGUGUACGGCAGACCCUCUAUCGUUAUUGCAUCAUGACUCGUUCCGUGUUCGCAGUACUGUACAUGGCAAUGUAUUCCAUUACCGUAAGUCUCCCUAUUUUGAGGGCGAACGGUCUGUAAUGUCGGCAUAUUCAUGGGUUCGUCUAAGUUGAGGUUGGGCCCAGGGUUGUCUUUUGGCGUCUAGCCGGCCCUUGCCAGCUCCCAUGUAUAUUGCGAGGCGACCUGUCUUCGUUCAUGGCACUCCGCAUCUUUGGCACACGUGUCGUAGCAGAAACUUGCACAAAUCACAAUCCAUG